AUGACUUCUGAAGUGAAAGACUUCUAUGAUGGUUUCCAAACGACUCCUUGUCGCCCAAGACUUUUUGAUGAUUUUGACAUGUUCGAUAGUAUUGGGAUGCCCCAGCCUACCCCUCGGCGUGAAUUGAUUAUUGAAGACGACACACCUGUGCCUACUGUAGCAGCCGCGUGUAAUGUUACCCUUCGCAUAUCGAAGUUUGAUGGUAUUGAUUGUUCAAAAGUUGACCAAUUCCUUGCAGAAUUUAAUUUAAGUGCAACAUUAGACGGCAUCAAAUCUGACUCUCAAAAGAUUGCUGCUUUCCAUCUGUGUUUGAAAGGCCCUGCUGCAAAAUGGUUCUUAUAUUUAGAAGAUUCCUCGAAAACCGACUGGCGGAAUUUUAUGAGGGCUUUUAUGAGUAGAUUUUCCAGUGACAGUGACAACAUGAAGCUUGCUGAAAAUGUCGCAUUCAAUAACAUUACUCUUUUACCCAAAAUGAGUUUAACCGAACUUCAUUCUCUGAUAUUGGAAAAGGGAUCCAAGCUGAAGAAGACGGAAUUUGAUUUUAUUUCUAAAUUUAUUGACAGUUUACCUCCAACUUUGUCAUUUUUUGUUAGAGCUAGAAAUCCGAAUACCUUACUUUCUGCUUUAAAUGCAGCACAGAUGGGUGAAUUAUAUGGUUAUAGUGUAAAUUCUAAACAUGUUAACUAUCAGAAUGUACCACCAUUUAAUCAUAAUUAUGCUCCUUUAUCCCAACAAUUACCUAUGCCAAUUUAUCAAGUCCCACCCCAUUCAAGCUCCACUCUAUGCUCAGACUGCCCCAUUGCCACACACCCCUAUCCCAUUGUCCAAUCCACCUAUGCAUUAUGA